AUGAAUUCUGACAGUUCGUUCGAUGAUGAGUCCCCUGAAAACGAAUCUGAUGUUCUUCAAGUAUACAAUGAGGCACUCAGUAACAUUGCCUCGCUUUCGGGAAAAACUGUGGAGCCCCUGACUUUCCGACUUAACUCCGAGUGGGAGGAGGCGACUAAGAAAGAAAAAGAACUUUGCAUAGAGCAGGUGAACGAAGCAUGUCGUGCUGUUUGUGACGUCAUUGCUCCAAAGGACAGUGAUAAGCUGUUACGAUCAUUUCAAGAAUCAAGAAGGGAAGUAGGUUUGUCUAGCGACCUCAAAGCACUAGUAACUGCAUAUCAGCAAGCACCAUCAAGGAGCCUUAAAAUCCAGAUACUCAGCAUCUAUGCUACUCGUUUCCCAGCCCAAUACUUGAAGAAAAUACACGAACCAUUUGAAAAGCUUAGCGACCGACAGAUAAAAAGAGCAAGAUCGCACGCCAAAAUUGUUGGAGUUGGACUGUCCGUUGAGAAACCGCUGCGCCACCGGGUGAAAAUUGAUUUGGUGAAGUUGGAUCACUUUCUGUCUUUUGUCAACCAGCCGUACUUCUACCAAGACGUGGCUUAUGGAACCAGGACGCUGAAGCUAGAUUCAGGAGAAGAGUUACUUAUGCCAAAUGUUGUCAGAAUUGUUGCGAGGUCAACGAUGAUAGAGCAGUAUUUAAAGCAUUGCAGCGAAGAUCAGUUUGAGCCUCUUUCGAGAUCGACGCUGUUUAGAAUAUUACAAGUCAGAGAAGCUUCUCAAAGAAAAUCGCUUCAAGGACUGGAUAACAUAGCUGCAGGAGGCGCUGAAGCGUUUGAAAGUGUGCGCAAGAUAGUA